GCUUCGAAACAUUCAGGAAGGAGUUUUUCAAAAGCACGUGAGCACAAAGAUUAUUGUUAAAUGGGAGAACGAGCAUCACAUUGAACUCUCUCUCACACACAUAUAUACAUACACACACUGUGCAGUGCUUUUAGAAAACUCAACGUGGAUUUCUUUUGGACUUUGAACAGAAAUAUGAAUUGAAGUUUCUUAUUUUGCAGAACCGGUACUAUACAGAGUCCUCAAUUAACACAGAAUCCCUGAUCCGAUGGGAUUUUUACUCGUACCCUGCUGCUUUUUCUCAUUGCAGAUCAUUUUUUACGAGGAUAAGAACUUUCAGGGCCGCUCAUACGAGUGUGAGACCGAUUGCCCUGACAUGCAGUCCCACUUCGCCCGCUGCAACUCUAUCCGAGUGGACAGCGGAUGCUGGGUUCUGUACGAGAAACCCAAUUAUACAGGAUACCAGUAUGUACUGACCCGUGGAGAAUAUCCUGAAUACCAACACUGGAUGGGCUACAACGACUCGAUUCGCUCUUGCAGGACCUUCACUUAUAACCGUGGGGGACAGUACCGCCUGCGCAUCUACGAGCGUCCUGACUUCCAGGGCCAGAUGAUGGAGUUCAGCGACGACUGCGUGUCCGUGCAAGAGCGCUUCCGCCACAAGGACAUCUACUCCUGCAACGUGAUGGAUGGCUACUGGACCCUGUACGAACAUCCAAACUACAGGGGGCGUCAAUACUUCAUGCCUCCCGGCGAGUACAGGAAGUUCAGCGACUGGGGCGCAGCGUGCGCCACCACCGGCUCAUUCCGCAGGAUCACAGAGUUUUAAAUGACCAGCGGUCUUUCUGUCCAUGUAAUAAACUUCACAAUUCAA